AUGGCUCCCAACGGCAAUCCGAAGGCGAGGAUCGGUGCUGGUGUCACCCAUGGAAAGCCCAGCGCCGUCAGGCGCGUGGUGCCUGCCAUUCCUCUUCCCUUGGAUCGCCGCGUCAAGGCCAAUGCUGCCGCGAAGCAGGCCGCUGCCGCCGCCGGUACAGCCUUUCCCCGACCCGCCUUGACCAACGGCUCCUCCCUCAAGAUUCAGAACGACUUCGAUUCCACGCCUCCGACCCCUAAGAUCGCCGAGCCCGAGACCGCUACUUACGACGAUGAUAAGUCUGCUGUCGAGGAGACCACGUCCCCCCUCUUUUCCGCCCAUUCGGAAGGCGAUUAUGUGAAGGAUCGCGAGGCUACUGACUCCCAGGUCUCUUCUGCUGCCAUACCUACGCCCUCCACGACGGACGAGUCGGAAUCGACCGACAAGGCUGCCGAUCGAGGCGUCCCCUCGUCUGCCGAUGAUUCCCUUCGAGGUUUGUUCGCCUUCAGCCGCCGUCCUCCUGAAGGCUCCUUCUUACGUGUCACAGGCAACAGCACCACUAACCGCAUCACCUCCCCGCCCGCCGCCUGGCAUGCGAAAGAGGGUAAGAGCCCUGGGCGUUGGUAUGCCGUCUGGCAGCAAAUGGAUUGCUCACAAAUUGCAGAGAACGUCACCCAGCUCCCACCGACUUUCCGACCCCCUCCCGUUAUCCCUCCGACUCGAUACAACAUGCCCCCUGCUGCUCAUAAUGGCCCUCGUCCUUCUGCUGUCGUUAUUAACGGUACAUCUCACCGAGGCCCUCGUUCGGUUCACAACGGCCCUCCGCACAUGCAUGGCCCGCGCCCAAGCAACGGCAGUCUCCAGUUUGGUGGAUUUGGUUCCAACUCGUCUUCUCCGGCACCCCCUCACUCGGGAGGCUUCAUACCCCCUCCUGGCAUGCCUCACCCCGAAGCGCGUUCAUUCCCUGGCGUUCUGAACGGCUACCACCACCAGAUGCCCUACGGCACCGAGUUCGUGCCUGGUACUCCCGUGGAUGGAUUCGGCCGACCGCUCCCAGGCUACACUGGCAUGGAACAAUACGCACCUCAAAUCAAUGGCUACGGUCCUUCGACCCCUCACAGCUUCCAGGAAUCGCACUCUUCGGCCCACGCGGAGGAGCCCGGUACUUACAACCAUUACCCCGCGCCUGCCGCCCCCAACGGCCAAGUCGACGACGCUCGCCCUCAUCCGCCCCCCGCUGGAGCAUUCGUUGUGCUGCCUCAGCGGAUGAUGCCUGGCCCUAUUCCACCUCCGCACAUGAUGCACCCUGGACCUGAGCAUCAGGGGCUGGAUGAUAUGGCUGCCUACUUGCGAUCGCAAUUUAGAGACACUUCCUUUGCCGAUUGUACCCUCGAGCUGCGGUACCUCGAUGACCGUGCCCCUCCUGUCCGGCUCCCCGGCCACCGCCUUGUUCUUGCCAGAAGCCAGGCAGUCCGGAACGUUCUUGAAUCUGACGGUUUCGAGUCGAGCCCGCCCGGUGCCAACCGUACUAUCCUGCUCCAGUCGGAUGACAAACACCUCCGCUCUGAUGCUUUCUGGAUGGCAGUGCAGCAUCUGUACGCCUUUCCGCUAUUGGACUUGCCCGAUCCGGCCUCCAACAGUGCCUUUACCCUGGCUGGCAGUGCCGAUGACCGAUUCGAUUUUGCUCUUGGAUAUGCGGCGGCGGGCCACCUCCUUGGAUGGCAACCUAUUGUCAUUCGGGGUCUUGAGAUUGCCUCGCACUUUCUCAACUGGUCCACCAUCGAGCGGGCUCUCGUGUUCGCCCUCGGCGAUGUACCCAAUCGCGCUUCAGCCGACAGGCACACUCAGUUUGUUUAUGGCGAGCCCGUCCAGAUUCUGAUGAACGGAGUCAUUUCGUUUCUCAUCAACAACUUCCCGCCGGACUUCACCCUGGACACGACUGUCGCGGACCCCGAGCACUUCGCCCGCAUUCCGUAUGCAUCUGCAUCUCCGCCUGCUCGCGAGGGAACGCCCGCGAUUGCCCGUGGAACGGCCAACCAAGACCGCCGAUCGCGGCCCAUGCACAUUCAAUUUGGCGAUUUGGCCGUGGGCUCAGACUCCUCCCCGUCCAAGGGCUCAAAGUCGGCGCCUCAGACCUCUCAGCAGCAAAGCAUUCGAUCUACACUUUCGAGGAUUCUCAUCAACCUCCCCUUUGCUUACCUGAAGCCGACUCUCGAAUCGAGUGGCUACGGCAAUGUCAACGGAUGGGCCAGUAUCGAGGCGCGCCACCAUAUCAUGAGAGCCGUCGUUAACGAGCGUGAGGCCAGACGGGUCAGGGCCGUUGACGCAAUCAUGGCGGGAGCGGUGCCGGGUGUGGAGUCAAUCAUCAAGGGCCUCCAGAGCGUCGAGCCUGGCCAGAGCGAGGAGUGGCAUGGCGUCGGCUGGCGCGAGGACGUGGUGUCGUACGUCAACGGCGACGCGCCAUCUCUCGGCCGGCAAUGGGUGCCGCUGGUGGCGCAGGCGAACGGCGCCGACCACUUGGAGGGCAUGGGGCGGCCGGCGUACCCUUGA